GACAUGAUGCUGCCUGUGACCCACGUGCUAGCCUUCGGCGUUUGGUUGGUGGUACAGAGCAAGGCUACAGCGAGUCGCCCCACAAUCUCCAUCUUCCUGAAGCCGCCUGGGGUGAUCCCACCGGGAGGCUCCACCACCAUCUGCUGCAGUUGCCAGAGUGACAAGGGGACCAUCGUGCUCUACAAGCGCGGCCGCCAGAUCCGUAGCCUGGACCUGCAUGGCAACUGGGCCGAGUUCCCCAUCUCUAAUGCCACCCAAAAUGAUACAGGUGCCUACAACUGCCAUUGGCUGCAUGGACGCACUGUGCUGGCUCGCAGUGAAACCUUGGACAUCAUAGUGCAAGAGUUCCAUCUCCCCACACCUGUCUUCUCUAUCCUGCCUGGGCAGGAAGUGGCUGCAGGAGCUUCCGUGACUUUCCGUUGUACCAUUAAUCACUCCGGCGCUGGCUGUUUUCUGUACCAGGAGGGCCGGAUGGAAACCACCAACUUAAUCUCAAAGGAACAAGAUCAUUUCAGCCUCACCCAUGUGCAUAAAAGCAAUGAGGGCCGCUACAGCUGCCAGUGUUUCUCCAAGUCUGGUGGUUCAUUGAAAUGGUCUGCCGUCAGCAACACCCUGGAUUUGGUAGUGAGAGAUUACACCUGGAACAACGCGGUGCGCCUGGCCCUGGGCAGCGGGGUCCUGCUCUUGCUGGGGCUGAUC